GAAGUCGGAAAAGCGAACGGUGUGCCACGGCACGCUAUGCUGGCAACGAGUUCACCCUCUAUCCCAAGCAUCCUAUCCUGUGUAUUCCGGCUCAUCAUUCGUCAACGUUCUUUAACUGGGGAUCUACGUAACAAUGCUGUGUGGUUCCCAGACCACACAAACCCCCACUAUGUUCUGCACAGAUCGGGAGUUAAUCGCCGUACUCACGCCUAAAUCAAAACCAAAAUUUCACGGACUUCAAGUUCUACAAACUGGAAAUCUCCCAGAGUAAUACACUGGUUGUUUGAUGGGGGUGAGUGAUCUAUACACGCAAAAGGGAUUUCACAGAAGAUGUUUUCGCGGAGUCUCCACAUUUUGGAUUGACGAUUGUGGGGCCCAGGGUACGGAAGGCGUCCAGUACUAGACUGGCACCCAGUCUGGGGCUAGCUCAAUUCUUGCAAGUACAUGUCUGUGACGAACUCUGUCAAUUACAAGGGCUUGACAGCACAACAGUCCUUGCCUAGCUGAUUUGAGCCUCUCCCGCUCUAACACCCCGCCCCCAUCCCCCGGAGCAAAAUGGAAGAUGAGUUGGUCACCACGACAACUUCUGAGAGCCUAGUGAGCAUGCCUUCUAGUUCUGUCCGAGAUACGUGCACAAAGUCCCCCAAGGUCUCCAGUAGUUGCAGGCAGGUCAUGUGCGCUGUUUGUGGGGACCAGGCAACUGGCCGGUACUUCGGAGCUCAAAUAUGUGAGGCCUGCAAGAGUUUCUUCAUUCGGAGCACUAAGAAAGGAAUGCCCAACUUCAAGUGUCAAUCAUCUGGGACUUGUGAUGUGACUCCAACCUCAAGGCUUCUCUGCCAAUACUGCCGAUUUCAGAAAUGUUUAGUUGCUGGAAUGUGCAGAAAAGUAAAACAACCCAGCAAAGAUCCACCUCCAGACAACACGCCAUGCAAAGUCUGUGGUGAUACGUCCUCUGGUAUCCAUUUUGGGGUGUUCACAUGCGAAGGAUGCAAGGGGUUUUUCCGUCGAAGUUUAAAGGACGGGGCCUCUUAUGUUUGCGGUGACAACAAGAAGUGCAUAAUCACUCCGACCUCCCGUAACGUCUGCCGAUAUUGCCGCUAUCAGAAAUGCCUGCAGGUUGGCAUGUCUAGACAAAGCAUUAAGCUUGGCCGGCAUCACAAAUUAGACAUGGACAUCUCAGAAAGCUGUAGCGAAAUGUCUGAGGUAUCACAACAGUUGAAUGCCGUCAGUGCUGGGGGCUGCUGCCCGAACAACGCCUUUGAUAGUGAGGAAACAGUGAUGGAAGUGAAAUCUACAUCGCCACCGCCUGAAGUAUCAGGAGUCAGUGAGCCAAUGGCUGUCCCAGGGGAAUUUGACAAGGGGUUUGGCGAUGGAAGCUCCCAUUUAAUGGACUUUAAAUCGGGGCAGCCAGUUAGCCAAAGCCCCCCAAUGCCUAUGGUCACCUCGCAGAUGAGCACGGCAUUUGUGGGCGGAGGCUUGGGCUGUGAAAAUAAGCAGAAAUUGGGCAAUGCGGGGUUUCCCAAGAAUGUUCCCAUUCUGGGCAGACACCCGCACCCCCGGGUAUGUCCACAGUUACCCGUUGGGUCACUUGAACCACUCGGUAGUCUACCAACCAGCAAUGUCCCCAGCUCUACAGUCAUUUGUUCUAUCCAGCACCCUUCUGUAAGUUUGGUGCAGUCCACCCCAGAUGGUAAUGCCUUCUCCCCCAUGCCUUCUGGAGGCUCAGGCUUUCCCUUUGGACAUAAUUUCUUUGACGGCCAGCUGCACCCUGCUGCUGCUACCAGCUUACCAGGACACGGGGCAUCAGGCAGCCAGUCUAUGCCUACUGCGGCUGCUUUUAGGUUUGGCAUCAGCCAGAGCCACUCGCCGUCACUUUCCCUCCAGGCAAGAGGAGAUCAUGAGAUGAGCAAUAAAGAAUGCACAGAAAGCUUGUUGGCAACCUCUCCAGGCAGGCCCAUUAUGAAUGUAGAUGCCUGUCAGCCACUGAACCCACACCAGGACAAUAUGGGUAAGCCGUUUGCCAUGAUGGACACCGAUUCAGGUGCUGCGCCUUCCUUGCGAAUCAAAGAGGAGCCCAGCAGUUGCUACGCUGAGGAGGCUUUCAAAAGACAGCGCGACCCGGAAACCAUGAGUAAAGUUUCCACUCCAAACCCAAGCCGAGUCGCCGGCAAGCACGCCCUGAGCGAUGACAGCGAGGACGAGAGCGACGAGCAGUUGCCAAGUGCCAAGAUAGCGCCGGCCGCACAGAUGCUACAGCAGGAGCAGGAAGAGGGGACCUCCUCCAGCCUGGCUUAUGCCAAGAAGAUUGCGCGGCGUCUUGAGCUGGGGUGCCUCCAGGGGGAGAUCCUGAGUGAGGAGAAUGAGCUGAAGCUGAACAGGACCUCACAGCCGGUGCAGAAAUUUGAGCGGGUUUUGAUCACUGUUGAGAUGACGCAGGCAUUUGAGGAGCUGGCAUUGUUGUUCCAGACGAUGUUUAAUUCAAAGCCACAAAUAGAAGCAACAGAAGAGUUACGCACAAAGAUGGAUAAAGCUUCCCCUGAGUCCAUGCGGUUGUUUCAGGAGAGUAUUUCCCUCAAAAUCAUUGGCUCAGUCACCUUCGCAAAGAAUAUUCCUGGGUUCCGUCACAUAUCCGUCAAUGACCAGAUGAACCUGAUCAAGGCGGGCACCUUCCCCUGCAUCCUGUGUCAACUCUGCUGGCAGGGGUGCAUGUUCUCCUGGUUUGAUGACACCUUCUUCACUGUUCCCUCACUGAUCAAACUGGUCUGCGGCAUGAAGACCAGCUGCUACAGCUUCAGGGAAGACUUCACCAAGUUGACCUUUGACCAGGAGGAGAUUGCUCUCUUCACGGCUCUCAUCUUCAUCAAUCCAGAUAACCCUGGCCUAGAUGAUGUGGAGUUCAUCCUGGGUCUGCAUGGUAAACUACGUCAGGUCUUCAAGCACUACUGUCUUGAAAAAUACGGGGAACUGAAGCAGUACUUGAAAUUCAUCAGCUUCCUGCCCCGACUGUACCAGAUUGAGCUCUUGCACAAGAAGAGCAUCAAGGAGGGUUACAGCCAGCAGCCCUCCCCGGAUGUCACCCUGCCCGCGCUCUUUGCUGAAAUCAACCUGUAACCUGUGGCAGUGACCGAACUUACAUGUAACAACUCCUUCAACAUGGAUUGAAUCAGCUGUGUACAUAUGGUAUAUCCUUUGUUCGGUUGAGUGGGCUUCUCGGACAGAAAACAAGUAACAAUGAACGGGCUCUUUUCUGAAAUUUUGUUCCCGCGAAGAACAACUUCAAGUCUUUAAAAAAUUGCUGUUUAAGGAGUCGCUUUGACCUGAUGAGAGACUAUUCUUUUCUGUUUAGUUUUUGUAUAAUUUGUUUUGAAUUGCUGCCUUAAUUGUCUAUGUGUCUGGUCUUUGAGUAAUGAUCAGUCCGAGGAAUAAAAUUAUUUUAAUUUUCUAGUGAAGGAAAAAAGAUCUUCAUAUUAUAUGCAUAUACUAAUAUUGCUUAGCAUAAAUACCAGCCCAUAGCUUGAUAUGUGCAAUAUGGAAUAGCUACUCUGCCGAAUGGAAUAAGUGGGGAGAAUUUCAUUUUGUUCAUCAUCAUGAAUAUUUGCGAAAGUUUUGCCUUUUGGAACAUGGAGAGUUCCUCAAAUGUUAGAUGUUUUACCUUUCUGAGGUAAAGAAGUCACGACUGACUGAGUAGAGGAUGGACCGAAAGACAUGGACUGAAAGAACAGGCGUGCACGAUUCAUCUCUGCUCAAGGGCUUCUCCAGGUUACAGGCAGAGAGGCAGCUGGGCUUGCUUGGAACUUUAAUACUAUUGAAUGCCUGUUGUGCAGAGCAUGCUGUAAUCAUGAAAUUUAUUGAAAUGCAACAACAUGAGAAUAUUUUGAUGCAAUUUCAAACAUUCCAUCGUAGAGGCAAAUCCCAUGCAAUGAAUAAAUCUGUGUUAAAAUUUGAAUUUAUUUAAAGGUAUUCCCUUCUUUCUACAAUGCAUGUUGGGUAAUCAAUAAAAUUGAUUACCAUAAAUUUAUUAAAUCUGUAUUAUUUUGAUAUUUUUCUUUUCAUUUUAGCUAUUUUAUCUUUCAGCUUCUACAAGUCUCCAAGAGCAGAUCCAGCGCCAUAUUUUAAGGGAGGGCCCGACUUUUUUGGGGGGCGGGGGCAAAAAGAUUGGGAAAUUGCUUUGUGAUUUGCAACUUACAUGCUUUUGGAAGGAAGGGAAAUUAAGUAUUCCUUUGAAAUUACCUUUCAGCUGUAAGGAGUGGUCAUGUCCUACUCAGACAAAAAGGUACCCCUGUAUCAGGCAGUGGUCCACAGCAUAGGUAUCAGGCAGUGGUCCACAGCAU